AUGGCACUGUCUGUGGAGAAACUGCUGACGGAUGCACACACUUUGGUCUUGCACUUAAGGGGCCAUGAUCUUCUUGCCGACAACAUCAUUGCCUCUUCACAAGCUCUCUAUAAUAAAGUGGAAGCUAUGAAGCAGUAUCAAGAUGACAUUGCUGAGUUGAAUGAGAUUGCCAAGCAUCGACCCCGAUCGACGCUAGUUCUGGGGAUAGCUCAAGAAAAUCGGCAGAUUCGUGAGCUGCAGCAGGAAAACAGGGAACUGCAAGCAGCUUUAGAGGAGCAUCAGUCUGCCCUGGAGCUUAUCAUGCAGAAGUACAGAGAACACACAGUCAAGCUGAUACAAAGUAACAGACUUGAGAGGGCUCUGUUAGAGCGGGAGGCUGUAGACAAGAGCUCCAUGUGCCAGCUGAUGGACAAAAUUGAUGAAAUGGCUGGUGUGAUGCAGAAAGCCAUUGAGGUGGAUGAUACUGUGGGAAACGUGGAGAAGGAACGUUUGAGCCAGCUUGAAUUAGAGAACAAAGCUUUAAGAGAAAUGCUGGAGAUUUGUACAACCAGCAAAGACAGAAUUAUAACUCUGGAAGCCCAGAAAGACAAAAAGGAAGAGGAGAAGCUGGGCAAGGAAGAUAAUAAUACAGACACAGAAUCUCAUUCAUCUACGUUAACUACCGCUGAUAAAAAGGAAGUUGAGGAAGAAAAGGACAGGAAAAGUAAACUGCCAGAAGAAACGGUUGCGACAGUUAAUACAAGCAAGGAAAGUAACUCUAAAGGUAAAGAGAGUACUCCUCCCCCAAGUACAGGGAGUGUAAAACCAGCAGGGACUAGUAAAUCUGCCGCUGAGGUUAGGAAGGGGAAGUCACCCUUGACAAGUAAACAAGACAGUUCUGUGACAGUGAAAAAGACAGUGACUAGUCCAAGUUCCGGGGUGAAGAAAGAUUUGCCGACUCUGAAGAAAAGCUCAUCAACAGAAGUAAAGAAGGAUCUGAAAAGUAAAAUCACAUUGAAAUCUGUGGUCAAGAAAUGA